AUGAGCACAGGAAAGAGCUGCCCCCUGCCACUGGGGCAAGGAGACCAGGAGGAAAAGCAGAGUGAGGGUACUCCUGACCUGGAGCGACAGGAGUGUGAGGUGGAGCUGAGGAACAAAGCUAUUCUGCAACAGAAGAGACGCCUUAAACAGGCCACCCAGUUUGUGCACAAGGACUCUGCUGACCUGCUGCCCCUGGACGGCUUGACAAGGCUUGGCACCUCUAAGGAUCUGCAGCCCCAUAGCGUGGUUCAGCGGCGCCUCUUGGAAGGCAAUCUGAACAAGCUGCGGGGUGAGACCAGGGUUCAGUCUGCACGGGUUCAAUCUCCGCUGGCCAAAGACCAAGAUGAAAAGAUGGAAAAGGAAGAGGAAAGGAGAAAAGAGACUUCACCUCUGCUAAUACAGUGCCAGUGCCAAGGUCAGGUAUUGAAAGCGACGGUUAACACUGGGUGUCUACCAAAUCUCAUCUCCAAGAGCUGUUUAAACCAGCUGGGGCUGGAAGAAGUGUCUGCCAUGGACUGUGGAGAUCUCUCUCUUCCCAUCCCCAGCGCUGUUGGUCGAGUAGAACAUUUGGAGUUGCAAUUUGGCCAGGAGACAGUGCUGUGUUCAGCACUGGUUGUAGAUGAUGAAAUGCUGGAGUUUUGCAUUGGUCUCCAGACCUUGUUGUCUCUCAAGUGUUGCAUCGACUUGGAGGAAGGAGUCCUGAGAUGUAAAGCACUGAGUGAAGAGCUGCCUUUCCUACAUGCCUCUGAAGAGCCUGGCCAGUGA